AUGAUGGUAGAGGAUGCAUGGUCUGUGGGACCAGCCCGAGAUUCCCACGGUCCCCCUUUUGACGCGCGCGCGCGCGCAGACGCACGCUCACGCUGGAGAUCAGGCUGCACAGAGCGGCGCUGCGAUGCACCACUUUUUACUUAUCCACUACACGCACACACAGAGACGGAGAGAGGAGAAAAAAAAUGGCAUUUCUGGCUGUGCUGUUGCGCUGCUCCGUGACUCACGCAGGAAAGUGAGGAGGAAGACUCUGGGUCUUCAUCUCAGGUGCAGCAGAUUCGGCAAAAAGUGUGGAUUAACGCUGGAUGGAAGUGGAGAUAGCGCGCCUGUGCCUUUUUGAUGAUGCCGUUGAGGCACUUUCUGCGUCGGAUUUGCCUCCAAAACAAGCCUGAAGCAAGAGGAUGACAGCUGCCAGUCCGGCCUGCAGCCCUGCAUCCUCCCAAUCUUCAUCCCUUUGCCUCCCAGGAUGCCACACCUUCCUGAAACAGAGUGACGCCUACCAAACCAAACUGCGCCUGGCUUCUGCCCCAGGUGUGUGGCUCCUGCUGGGUGUGGUGGUCGUGCUGGUGGGAAUGAGCGUGGCCAUCGCCGGCUACGUCUCUGCACCUCCGAAGAGCAUGGGGGCCCGUGGCAUCACCCACGCUGAGAGGAUGAAAAUGGUUGGCCCCUUUGUGAUGGGAGUGGGCAUCUUCAUCGUCAUCUGUGCUGCCACGCUGCUGUACGAGAACCGGGAUCUGGAGAUCCGCAGACUGGAGACGUGUGACGACCUGCAGAGUCUGAGAGUGGGAAACUCCUGGGAGGAAUCGCAGGAGCAGCUGAGCUUCAACCAUCAGGAGGAAUACACAGAGGAAGAGGAGGCAUCCUGGGCCACUCCACCCCACAUACCCCCCCUCUCAAGCCAAACCUCCCUUCUUCCUCUCGCUUUACUGCACUCCCAGAGACACAGCGGACCCUCACCACCUCCUACAGAGGUGGGAGGCACGCACACAGAAGAGGUGGACAGAAAACAGGAGAACCAGGGAAAAUCAAUUGUGCUGACCCGUGUUUUGCACCACCAGGAACCCACUUCUCAGCCUCCCUCCCCCUGCCUUUCCAUCUCCAGCUUCUCAGGCUCUUGCAAACUGAGAGAAAACAACAAACGGACAGGCUCCUCUGAGACUCUUUAACACCAAACCCCACCGUUCUCCUGAAAUAUGCAUGAUGAGACGUUGAAAGUUUCUUGCGUGAACACGCAAAAGACUAUGCAUUCCUCAAUAAACAGAUUAAGUAUUUGUCA